CCGCGACCCCAGCCUCCCUUCGAUCUGCUUAUCCUGAUCUCAUACAUUUAUGAGCUGUGUAAUUGCUGUUGGCGAGGGAGAAGUAGGGAGGGGAAAAGGUGUGUUAUACUCAGUUAAACAAAUUUAUAAGAAAAUAAUCUCAAUCACUGCUUGGUGUCUUAGGUCAAUUGACUUACAACUAGCCUUGCAUUCCGCUCACUCGCCUCAUCCCAAUGGAGUACCAACCAGUGCCGUCGCCAUCAUACCCAGCACCACCCUCAACCUCGGCUCCGGCACCUCCAGGUCCACCUCCAUUGCAGCCAGACCCUAGAUUUGAACAGCCGGUAUCUACACCUUUCGCCGGGUCGGAUUUGCAAUCGAUAAGGACUGCCUGUGAGUACUCGUUGGGGGAGUACAUCUCGCUGCACAAGAGACGACGGUAUGACGACCCGGCUAGCGAGCGUCGUCUCCAAGCGCAGCAGAGCAUCAUAAUGAGCGACUUGCAACUGCUGCGGAGCGAGGUAUCGGAUUUAGCUAAGGCGGCCGAGGCGCAUAGAUGGCGACGAUGGCUUUUGGGUGGCCUAGUGGCGUCUUUCAUCCCCGCUAUCCGGAAGGUUUUCCGCCGUUCGUCGAAAGACAAGGAGUCUAACGACACCGAAUAUGCCUUCAAGAGAAGUAAGGGACUCAUUUCUCGCAUCUUGGAUUCCGUUCAUGGCAAGGGCAAGUUUGCCUCGAUAGCCUUCUUUGUAUUGGCUAUCCUGUACGUAUUUCAGAGCGAGGUGUCGAUGCGCGUAGCAAGAACGGUAUCCAAACGCUUGAAGCGGCUCAUGGCCAAGAUCGAGAGGGGAGAUCAGGGUCUUGGGGAAGACGACAUGAAACUCCUCAAGGGCUGGCGUUGGCGGGUGCUACUAUGGUAGUAGCUUGAUAAUAGGGGUUGAGCUUCGUCGAGUCUUUCCAUGCUGUACUUGUACCUCUUGUAUCUAGAUAUAAACACGCCCGCUGUUAAAUCAUACUCACAUAAAUACACCAGUGAGUGCUAUUAUAUUUAAC